AGCAUGUAAAGCGAUUUGAAUUCUGCGAGCUUGAAUAGAAUCUAGCUCCCAACAAACAAUGUAUGUCCAGUUACCAAUCUGAAGUUCCCCUAUCACUUCUUAGUGAUGUUGUUAUCUAUUUUGUUCCUCUUGAUUAUCCCAUAUGCUUCCUCUCUAUCCUUUAACUACUCUAGUUUCGAUCCUAAUGAUAAGAGCAUAAUAUAUGGGGGAUCAGCAAACCCUGUUGCACCAACUAUCCAACUCACAAGAAACCAAGUGGACAAGAGCAUGAUUGGAAGCAUUGGUCGUGCCACAUAUUACCAACCCAUGCACCUAUGGGACAAAGCCACAGGGAAUCUCACAGAUUUCACCACCCGUUUCUCUUUUGUCAUAGAUUCUCAGAACCGAAGUAAAUAUGGAGAUGGGAUUGCAUUCUUCCUUGCCCCUGCUGGUGCAAAGAUUCCUAAUGCCAGAAAAGGAGGUUCUAUGGGUCUCACACUUGAUAACCAACCACUGAAUUCCACUCAGAAUCCAUUUGUUGCUGUGGAGUUUGAUAUCUAUCAGAAUGGAUGGGAUCCACCCCGUGAACAUGUUGGAAUCGACAUCAACUCUAUGAGAUCUGUUGCUAAUGUGACGUGGUUGGCCGAUAUCAAGGAAGGGAAACUCAAUGAGGCUUGGAUCAGUUACAAUUCUAGUUCACUAAACUUGAGUGUUGUGUUCACUGGUUUUAUCAAUGAUACCAUUCAGCAGCAACAUCUAUCUGUCAUACUUGAUCUGAGGCUUCAUUUACCAGAGUUGGUUACGUUUGGCUUCUCAGCUGCCACGGGAAAUGCAACUGCUAUACAUAGUCUUAAUUCAUGGGAUUUUAGCUCAACUUUGGCAGCAGAAGAAAACAUAACAAAAGGAGGAGGAGACCCAGUUGCAAGGUCUCCAAUUUCCAAUAUAUAUCCCAAUAAGAAGAAAAAGGACAAGACAGGUUUAGCAGUGGGGUUAGGUGUUGGUGGUUUUGUUUUGAUUGGUGGGUUGUGUUUGAUUUCAAUUGGCUUGUGGAAGAAAGGAACCAAUGAAGAGGGAGAUCAUGAUAUUGAAGAGUAUAUGGGUGAGGAUUUUGGAAGGGGGGCAGGACCCCGGAAGUAUUCAUAUGCUGAACUAGCACAAGCAGCUAAUAGUUUCAAAGAUGAGCACAAGCUAGGACAGGGAGGAUUUGGAGGAGUUUAUAGGGGUUAUCUUAAAGACAUAAAGUCUCAUGUUGCAAUUAAGAGGGUGUCCGAAGAUUCUGAUCAAGGGAUAAAGGAGUUUGCAUCAGAAGUAAGGACUAUUAGCCGGUUAAGGCAUCGAAAUCUAGUGAACUUGAUUGGUUGGUGUCAUGAAAGGAAAAAGCUCUUGCUUGUGUAUGAGUAUAUGCCAAAUGGAAGCUUAGAUGUUCAUCUUUUCAAGAAGCAAAGCUUGUUGAAAUGGGCAGUGAGAUAUAACAUAGCCAGGGGCUUGGCCUCUGCAUUGAUAUACUUGCACGAAGAAUGGGAGCAAUGUGUGGUGCAUAGAGACAUAAAGUCAAGCAACAUUAUGCUGGAUUCAGAGUUUAAUGCCAAACUUGGGGAUUUUGGCUUAGCAAGGUUUGUGGACCAUGCAAAAGGUGCACAAACUACAGCUUUGGCUGGGACUAUGGGCUACAUGGCUCCUGAAUGUGCUACCUCAGGAAGGGCUAGUAAGGAAUCAGAUAUCUACAGUUUUGGAGUUGUGGCUUUAGAAAUAGCUAGUGGAAGAAAACCCAUUAACUUCAAGGCUCAAGAAAAUGAAAUAAACAUUGUGGAGUGGGUGUGGGGACUCUAUGGAAGAGGGAGAAUUCUUGAAGCAGCAGAUCCAAGACUAGAUGGGGAUUUUGAAGAGGAGCAAAUCAAAUGCUUGAUGAUUGUUGGCCUUUGGUGUGCUCACCCUGACCAUAAUAAUAGGCCUUCUAUAAGACAAGCAAUUCAAGUGCUUAACUUUGAAGCUCCCUUGCCUAAUCUUCCAUCAUCUUUGCCUGUUCCAACAUAUCUUGAGCACCCACUGCACCUAUCUAUAGCCCCAUUCACCAUAAAUGCUUCAGAGGAGGCUCAAAACCAGAUCACAAGCUUCAGUUCAAACACAAACUCCUCUGGCUUCACUACAACUUCUGAUGAUGCUUCUCCCUCUGUGUCGCUUCUGUACUCGCGGUGAAUAUUUUAUCUGAAUGCUUUUUCCCUCUUUCCUAUGAAUAUUUUACUUCUCUUUCUGUACACGGUACUAAUCACGUUUCUGUAAAGACAGAUUUUCUCAUCUGCAAAUUUAGAUAUGAAAAAGGUAGUUCAAUUUUCUGCCUAGUUGUUCACCUAAGAUCCUAUCAACAAUUGCUUGAAACUGUUACCAAUUACCAUAUUUUGAAACCCUUAAUAACGGAACAUUCUAUGU